AUGGCGCUGCUGCGGGAGCUCUUAGCCUUCUGCGCCGGCAUCGCCGUCUCCAUGGUGCUCUGGCACUUCGGCCCUGCUUCUGCAGGCGCUCAGUCGGGCCGCGCGGCAUGGGAUCUGGCGAACAGCACCGAUGACGCGCCGCACAAGGACGUGCCUGCUGCUCGGCCUCUCCUCAAGGACUCCGAGCCCUUGGAUCGCUUCAUUGACGAGCUGGAGCGCAUCACGGUGAAGCAGACCUGGGCUGGCCAAGUUCUCGGCGAGGUCAACUACUACCAGCAGCACAAGGACCGGUUUGGAAACAAGGCGGACUUUACCACAUCCUACCUGAUUAUGAACUGGUAUGCGCAGCAGAACCGAUGUGGCGGAGGCACCAACAACGCCCUGGUGUUGUUGGCGGGUGCGAACAAAGGCCAAUCCACCAGCAACGUCCUCUCAGCCUGCCCAAAAGCCCGUAUGCACAUAUUUGAGAUUGUGCCGAAGCUCUUUCAAGAGCAGCAGAAGCGCUUCAAAGAUUCCUCCCUGGUCUCGGUACACAGGAGGGGCUGGUCGGACAAGGCGCAGUCGUUUCACAUCACCGCGCCGGUGCAAGGGGUGGAGCUUGCCGGUCUCUACGAGGCCACUGGGAGGUGGAAGAACGCCCCGCAGUUGAAUGAGACGGUCGACACCGUUCCGCUAGCCGACUUCCUCGUGGAGCAAGGCAUCCAAAGCCAAGUGAGUUACGUCCUCAUCGAUGUGGAGGGCCAGGAGCCCAACGUGAUUCGGGGAAUGAGGCUGGAGACGAACCGACAGAUCUUUCCACUCUUCCAGUAUGAGCUGGGGGGUACCUGGGCCGAUAGUCGGCACGACGCGAAGCAAUGGGGGCAAUAUGGCAUCGCCAUGUACCUCAAGGCUUUGGGCUAUACCUUAUACCUGAUGGGGGGCGAUGGGGGCCAAGAUUUGAAGAACCUGAUUCUGCUCAACGUGGACCCUGAGUUCUUCCGCCUCAUCUGUUGGCGACCUGAGGCCUUUGUUGAUGGAAACCUCCUUGCAGUUCAUCAGACUUUCGUGGAUCCGGGCUUGUGGACCUUGAUGCAGAAGUACGUCCUCGUGCCGAAGCCGCAGGCCAAGUGA